AUGCAACCAGAAAAAAGCACCACGACUCUGGAAACCAUGUUGGACUAUCACGGCUUCUCAACGGAGAAAUAUGACUGGAAUCCUUAUGGCUUGAACGAAACCAAUCAUCUACGAAAAAUCGUUCAAGCCAUCAGUCUCUACUUGGUGCCUACCAUUGGAUGCCUUGGCAUUGUGGGUAACAUAUGUUGCUUUAUAGUAUUUUUAUUCACGUCCUUUAAGUACCUACCAAUGACCUUGUAUCUUGUCGCCUUGGCAAUAUCCGACACGGGGUUCCUAGCGGCUGUAAUGAUUGGAUGGCUGACCAGUCUGCAUCCGGUUAUCGCCCUUUCGCCGGGGUGCUGUCACGUGAUGGUCUACAUCACCUACGUCUGCGGCUUCCUCUCGGCUUGGUACAUAGUCCUGAUGAUGGUGGAGCGAUACAUUGUCGUCUGCCACCCUCUGAGGGCGCCAAGAAUCUGCACGAAGCGUCGAGGUCGUCUGGCGGUCGGGCUGACGACAGCUUUCGCGCUAGUCCUGUACAUCCACAGCUUCUUGUCCACCUACGUGGAGGUAACACCUUACGCGUACUGUUCCUCCAAAUCCACGUACCUCCAGUUCAACGCGGUCUUCACCUACAUCGAUUCCUUGCUGACUUUCGUAGUCCCGUUCACCGCCAUCUUCAUCCUCAACAUCAGGAUCAUCCUGGCCGUGCGGCACUUUCGCAAGAAGCAUCACCCGAUCCACGACUUCUGCCUCCACCAUUCCGAACCGGGCGUGCUGACUCGCGCCCAGGUGAGGACGACCAAGAUGCUGGUUCUCGUGUCCACUGUGUUCGUGGUGCUGUACCUGCCGAGCCACGCCUACAGGAUCUACCUGCUGGUGUUCGGGCUCGUCAGCAAGACGAAGAUGUACGACUUCGAGUACGACCAGAACCAGCUGCUGGCGCAGCACAUCUGUCAGCUCCCCUACUACCUCAACUUCGCCGUCGACUUCCUCGUGUACAGUCUCACCAGCAUCGCCUUCAGAAGGAACGUCGUCAAGCUCUUCAGACGAAUCUGCGACGACGAUUGA